AUGAAGUUUCUUUCUGUUUUCUUGACACUGGCGUCGCUUGCCUCCUUGGCAACGGCGUACACCGUUCCAGAACCACCCAAGGCCACUACCACAACCACUCGUCGCGACUGGUUGGCCGCCACUACUACGACUCUUGCCACUACAUUGGCGUUUGGUUUGCCAGCCAACGCCGCCGAAGAUCUCACGACAUUUAAUGACCCCACACACGGCUUUAGCAUUCGCGUUCCUUCGUCGUGGGCGAAAUCGGAACAAACCCUCAACGAUCGUCGCACCAUUGCCGUCUGGGGCGACCCCAACGAUGCCAAGACGGCACUCUUUAUUGCCUACACACCCGUGCGGGACGAUUUUACAUCUCUACAGAGUUUUGGGGCCGUCGAUCAAGUCGCCGCACAAACCAUUUUGCCCAAAUCGAGUUUGAUGAUGAACGACGACUCCGUCCAAGCGGAAAUGAUCAAAGCCGAAUCCAAAAAACAAGCCUACAUUUUUGACUACACCCAGGCGGUCGCCAAGAUUCAACCAUUGACGCAUUUUCGAACCAUUUUCACAUUGCAGCAAGGUGCCACGGGAGGUGCCGGGGCCGUAUUGGUGACCAUUACACUGCAAACUCCAGAAGAACGAUAUACGUCCUCUCUCAAGCCACUGUUUGAUCAAAUUAUUGACUCGUAUGGGAAGAAUCAGUAAUAAAAAUAAUAGUGAAACUGGAAGAAGAAAGCAAGCGUGACAGAGAGAGAGAGAGAGAAAGGAGUUGGAACAAUCAAUGGAGAAGCAAGCAAGAAAGCUAAUAAUAACAAUCCGCAAGCAAGAAAUCAAACCAAUUUGAGCAUCAAGCAACCUGCAGUUAUCGGAAUUCUCCCUUUGUAGUCAGUCAUAAGAGUAGCCAAGCAGAAAAUCACUAAAUCAGACUAUUAUUAUACCUC